AAACUCCGCUGUCCCACGUUGCUACUCGUACUUUGCAGCUCUCUCUCUCUCUCUCUCUCUCUCUCUCCAAAGAAUUCUCUCCCCCCAUUCCAGAUCUCUCUCUCUCUCUCGCUCGCUCGCUCUAAACUGCCCAACUUUUCCACCGCAAAACCAUAGCCACCGGCUGAACCGGUAAACCACUCUAUCCCACCGGAAACCGCUCUCCUCUCCAGUCUCCGGUAACUCUCAUCGACGAUCGCGUGGAGAAAUGAGUACCGGAGAUCUUCUCAGCAUCGAACCUCAGGAACUCCAAUUUCCUCUUGAAUUGAAGAAGCAGAUCUCGUGUUCGCUGCAGUUAUCGAACAAGUCCGAUGACUAUGUGGCAUUCAAGGUCAAAACCACGAAUCCGAAGAAGUACUGCGUUCGGCCUAACACAGGAGUUGUGUCGCCGCACUCUGCAUGUGAUGUUAUAGUUACGAUGCAAGCACAAAAGGAGUUUCCUCCUGACAUGCAAUGCAAGGACAAGUUCUUGCUUCAAAGCGCACUUGCAAGUCCUGGAGCUACUGCGAAGGAUAUCACUCCAGAGAUGUUCAACAAGGAGUCUGGGAAUCAUGUCGAGGAGUCCAAGUUGAGAGUUUCUUAUGUCCCUCCGCCACAGCCACCGUCACCAGUGCGAGAAGGAUCGGAGGAAGGUUCCUCGCCAAGGGCAUCGGUAUCCGACAACGGGACUGUACAUACAUCUGAUUAUACUGCUCCGGCUUCAAGAGCUUUUGUUGAAAGGGCACAUGUUGAGCCUGAAGAAAAUUCAUCAGAGGUAAAGGCUCUUAUUUCUAAGCUGAUGGAGGAGAAAAAGUCUGCAAUUCAGCAAAAUAACAAGCUCCAGCAAGAACUGGAGUUCUUGAGACGCGAAGGCAACAAAAGCCAUGGCGGUAUUCCAUUUCUAUACGUAAUUGUUGUUGGCGUGAUUGGCAUCCUCUUGGGUUAUAUUCUCAAGAGAACGUAAUAUGUGUCUGGUCAAUCAUCUGUUGUUACUCCAUAUUUAAAAUGAUUCUGGAUAUUUAAGUUAGACAAAGGUGUGUUGAAUAGGAGGAAGUUUGUAUUUGCAUUAAUUAGCUGUCAUGUAAUUGACUUUAGAUAGCAUGGUCGAACAGGUUUGGAUCGUGUGAUGGGUGUUUUGUAAUUUGUCGGGCAAGACCGGGAGAGCGUUCAUUGUGUGACUCAACUGCUUCAUUAACAUGCUUCCGUUUUUAACUUA